GGACAUUGACCUUAAAACGCUUAUAUGGUGUUACAAAUACAGGUGAAUCCUCCUUAUUACGUGCCACUUGUGGAAAUAGUGCCAGCUCCGUGGACGCGUCCCGAUAUACCUACGAAGACGAAGACUAUCAUGAUUGAGAUCGGCCAGAAACCCGUGGUCCUCAAUAAGGAGAUCGAUGGCUUUGCACUCAACAGAAUACAGUAUGCAAUUUUGAACGAAGCUUGGAGACUGGUGGCCGACGGAGUGCUAAGCGCAAAGGACAUUGACGCAGUUAUGAGCGAGGGACUCGGGAUGCGCUACGCUUUCCUUGGAGCCUUCGAAGCCGCGCAUUUGAACGCCGAAGGAAUGAAAAAGUACUGCGAGACAUACAACAAGUCGAUCUACGACACAAGCAUGACUUUCGGGCCAGUGCCCAGAUUCGUAGGCGAGACGGCGGAGAAGAUUAGCGAUGAAUUGAACGAGAUGUGCCCACUUGACAAAUUGCAGGAGCGACGCGUAUGGCGGGACACUGCUUUGACAAAGUUGUCCAGCCUCAAGAAAGAGUUAAAUCAGAUCAAAAAGUAAAACAUUUAUGUAUCGUACACAUCCGAUUGAUGUGUAAGCGCUGAAACUUUCAUAAAAUAGACUUAUGUAAUAUAUUAAGUUUCAUCAGACUAAAUGCAAAGAGUGUUAUUGUUUCUACCG